AAUUACAGGAUGCAAAAAAUUGCUCAAGCCGAUUACCGAUAGCCUUGCAUUCAUUGUAAGUAAUUCUUGUAGCUCCGAUUUUGAUGAAAAGAUCACCAUACUCCAAAUAAUUGAGAAGUCAUGGAGAAAAAACUUCAAAGUUACCAUAGCUCGAAAGUAUAAAAUCUCACCUGAUACGGAUCCCGAUAAAAAUGAAAAUUUGCAUAAAAUAUUUAGACAACUUGAAAUUGUAGACACGCCGAAAGCUACCAAACCUCUUAGCGUUCCUCAAAAACGAAAAUUAGUCAAGCCGCAUCUGGAGCAGUUGAUGCAGCUGGUAUGUACGGCUUACGAACCAGAUAUUCCAAAGAUGAUAGAUAAUCUUCAUAAUUUGAAGAAAUCAUGGAGUCUGCAACAUGGCAUACGCAUUGAAGUAGAAGAAUAUACUACUUCGAGCAUGGAGGUGCCAGCACAAUACGAUAAUAAAUCAAUUGAUUUGAGAAGAGAGGAUUUACCAGGACUUGGCAGCAUGGUGAGCAGCAUUAAUUCCCCGAUUCCAAUAAAAAUUAGAGGAACCCCCCGUUUAGGUUCCAUUACAACUCCAGUGCGAUCAAAAAAAAAGAAACUGGCGGUUCCAUUUCUCGAAAGGGCUCAACUGCAACAAACACAAGAAAUGCUAGGUUGGUUGAUUGACAAAGACUUGGUGGGAAGUGUCCUCGACGCGGAGUAUCUUAUUAAAACUACCGACUUAAACCUGGAAAUUAACAUUUUAAGAGACUCUUUUCAAAACGUUAAUGUCCAGUUAUUAUCAAAAUACUGCGUGAAGAAGGCUUUUUUUGCACUUGAACAGGCAAUAUCAGAAAAGAAGCAGAAAGAUAUCAAAACUUGUCGUACUUGCGGACAAGUCAAUACUAACGUGUUACUAGAGUGGAUGUUAUGUAGCUCUUGCUUGUUUUUUUUUCAUUCCAAAUGUGUUAAAAAAUAUAGAAAGAAAACCACGAAAGUAUGGUUUUGCUCAGCAUGCAUAAAAAAAGGAGGGUAAAAUUGAUUUUGUGCGAUUUUAUUGUUAAAUAUUAUUGAAUAAUAAACAGCAAUAAGGUUUUUUUUUAAGAACUAACUUAGAAAAAAUAAAAUAAAUACCAAAGUACAAUUGGCUUAAUUAUUUUGGAUGUUACUUAUUUAUUUUCACAGCGAUAAAUACUUAUUCUAAAAGUACUUAGUUUCACCUAACGAAACACCGUGUACAGAAGGACUUUGAGACAUUGGCUUCACUAACUACCGCGUACCAAGUUUUUAUAGGCUUUCAUAGUUUUCUUAUUUUUGAAAAUUACCCUUAUAUGGGCA